AUGCAUUUUUCUAGUUUAUCCAAUGCUUUUAAUGAAGACAUCAGUUACAAAAUGAACAAAAACAACUCAGGUGACAAAGAGUCUGUGAGGAAAUCCUGUUCCGCGAGAAUAUUUGAUGAAGAAGUCAAUGUCACAAAUCGUUCUGCUGAGAAUUAUCAUGAGCCUUUAGAGGCCUCACAUGGGGCACGGAUCAUGGCUAAUGAGUCUGCGAGAGAAAAGGAACAACUAACACAGAAGAUCAUCUACCUUGAAACAGAGAUUAACGCUAAAGAGAAGGAGAUCGCCUUUCUUAAACAAACUCUCUUUGGGACAGACAAAGACAUUGCUGAUCUCAAAGGAAAACUGUCCCAGCUAAAACAAACUGUGCAAAGAACUCAAUCUGAUUUUGUUAAGCAAAUGGCAUCAAUAGACAAAAAGCUACAGGAGGCAAGGAAGAACAUUGCCGAGCUCGAGGGGGGCUUUAAUUUUACUAUCCAGAAGAAUAAAACGGAAGUAGAAGAGUCCCGGAGCAAACCACAAAUAUUUAAUGGCAAAGAUUAUUUUGACCUUCAACCGUCAUGGUUUGACACUCUAUCCCAAAACGCUGGAUGUCUUCAAGUUGAAAACGUUCCGGUUAAAGGAAAAGAUCUUGAAGCCAUGAAGAAUGCUAAAUCAUAUUCAAAGGCCCCCACAGCUGAGCCAGCUAAAGGCAAAAAUUAUUUUGACCUUCAACCAUCGUGGUUUGACACUCUAUUGGAAAACGCUGGAUGUCUUGAAGUUAUAAACGUUCCAGUCAGAGCGAAUGAUCUUGAGGCCAUGAAGAAUGUCAGAUCAAAUGUAAAGGCCUCCACUGAGCCAGCUAAGGGGAGUCCAUAUUCUUACCAUCACCCAUUAGAUCCUGUUCUGGCAAGCACUGUUUCCAAUGGGAAAAACAAUAGUAACCUGUAA